AUGGCUGGUGAGGGAGUGACGACUGCAGUGAAUGAGUUGAUCAGAGAGGCUGUGCUGGCAGCAGUGAGAGAGGAGCUGGCUGCACACAAGGAGGAGGUGGAUGAGCUGCGGCACAAGUUGACAGCAGUGCAGAGGGAGUUGGCUGCGGUGAAGGGGGAGUUUGCAGCGGUUAAGGGGGAGUUGUCAGUGUUGAAGGGGGAGUUGGUAGUGGUGAAGGGGGAGUUGGUGGAACACAAGGACGCUAUGGCAGGGAAAGUGGUUGAGAAUAGUAGGGCAUCGGUUGGAACAGGGCUGGGAGGGAAGAGUAGAAAGAGAAAGCAAGAACUCACAGCGAAUGUUGCACGGGAGGAGGAGAGGAGGGAGGUGCAGGCGUUGAAUCAGCCGCGUGCCAUGGAGGACCUGGCGGCCUCUAAGGAAGGGCCGAAGAAACGAAACCUGAAACUGAACGUUGCGCUGCAAAUCAAGCAGAUAAAUCUCAAAGAGCUCGAACUCAUUAAGACCAAUGUUACGGAUGCUGGCCUGGCGCACUUGACAGGCCUCUCCUCUCUCAUACUGUUGUGGCUUUCUGCGUGCAAGGGGGUGACAAAUGCGGGCAUGGUGCAUGUAGGGAAGCUGACAGGGCUUAUGCAUCUUUGGCUGCAUGGCACGGCAGUCACGGAUGAUGGGCUGCAGCAGCUGACUGCCCUGACCAACCUGAGAGAUCUCCCUAGAUAG